AUGGGCUCCCAUGAGGCCCAUCCUGUCAACCCAUUUCCAAGAGGAUCCUGGAUCGCAUGCAGCGGUCGCCUCCUGGGAGUUCUCGAUCGAAACCUCAUCCAAGGCCCUCAACUCGUCGACACAAGCGUUCGCAUCCCAGUAGUUCUUCCAGACGACCGGGAGUCUAUUCGACAAAGCAGUUUAACCGCUCACAACACGACACCCAUACGACCUAGCACAGUGCCCACAACACCACGCUCAACCGGUCCACGAGGAAUCACAAGCUGGAACCCAUUCUCCUCACCCGUUGGCGGCCAAAACUCAUUAGCAAAUAAAGAAAAAAACCUGGCACAGCCCCGGAAGCAUCCGGAUCAUGAGGCAACCGAGCCACCGGCCACCCUUGAAGCACCGCCGAACUCGACCACAACCCACACAGAGCCAGUGCUUACAAUUUCAAGCCCAGAAAACGUUCCUCCAGGCUUCUUUGGCGUGCCGGCUGCGCGCGGCACGGUCACUCCUGUGCGGGACAAGGGAGGCAGCGAUGCGACCCUCCGCUGUAGGACAAAAGAACUGCUUCACGCCCCUUAG